AUGAAUGGCAAAGUCUGUGUCUCUGUUUCAACCAGGCCCAAAUUAUUCAAAGGAAAGAAAAUAUACGGGGACUAUGACAUCAAAGUGGAGCAGGCUGAAUUCAAUGAGAUCAAUGUUGUGGCUCACGCCAACGGCUCCUGCAUUGUCAACAUGCAGGUUUGGAGGAACAGUACCAAGGUUGUCAGGUCAUUCAAGCCAGACUUUGUCCUCAUUCGUCAACACGCCUUCAGUAUGACCCAGAACGAGGAUUUUCGCAACCUAAUCAUCGGUCUGCAGUACGGAGGCGUCCCGAGCAUCAAUUCCCUCGAGUCGAUCUAUAACCUGUGUGACAAGCCCUGGGCGUUUGCUCAACUAAUAAACACGCACAGGAAACUGGGUGCUGAGAAGUUCCCUCUGAUUGAGCAGACCUUUUACCCAAACUACAAGGAGAUGGUAAGCAUGCCGUCAUUUCCUGUUGUCGUGAAGAUUGGACACGCCCACUCCGGUAUCGGAAAGGUGAAGGCGGACAAUCACAGUAAGUUCCAGGACAUAGCAAGUGUCGUGGCUCUCACCCAGACAUACACCACCACAGAACCUCUCAUCGACUCCAAGUACGACAUCCGAAUCCAGAAGAUCGGCACCGACUACAAAGCCUACAUGAGAACAUCUAUUUCUGGUAACUGGAAGACAAACACGGGCUCAGCCAUGCUUGAACAGGUGGCCAUGACUGACAGGUAUAAGCUGUGGGUUGACACUUGCUCAGAGAUUUUCGGGGGCCUGGACAUUUGUGCAGUUAAAGCCAUCCACGGAAAAGACGGCAGAGACUACAUCACGGAGGUGGCAGGCUCCUCCAUGCCUCUGGUGGGGGAGCACCAGGCUGAGGACAGGCAGCUCAUUGCUGACAUGGCGCUGGCAAGAAUGAACCAGUUAGCAGAGAUCGAAGCUAACGCUCCACAGAGACCCACCACCACACAGCCAUCCCAGGGAGCCGGUCAGAAGGGAGAGAUCGUUGGCGAACCCACCAAGAACGGAGCUGGGCGUCCGCCUCAAGGUUGCCUGCAGUACAUUCUCGACUGCAAUGGCGUGGCCGUGGGUCCAAAACCGGUCCAGGCAAACUGAGUCACCCGGCAGAGCCGAGGAUUCAAAUCUCAAGAGUCUAGAUCACGACGACGUGACCUUGGACGGAACACGAGCGCAGACGUGUGUGUGUGUGUGUGUGUGUGUGGAUGCUGAUAGCUGUAGAAUUGGAUGUUGGUGACAUGGAGCUCGGUGCUGCCCGAGUUCUGGCCUGGACUGUGUUUAACUCUAUGCAGUGUCAAACAUGUACUGUCUUACUCGUUGACCUGUUGAUUUGUGUGCUUGUAUAGGUCACCUAUGUUUCAGUAGCUGUGUUUGUUUUUUUUCCUUUGGGGCUGUUGUCGAUGACGUAAAAAGCAGAUUGUGCCUACACUGAUAUCAGUGCUGCUCUGUGCUCUCCCCCCCAGCUGUGACUCCUUCACUUUCUGUUUUCUAUUUAAGUGUGUAGAUAUUGUUCAAACUGUGGACUAUUGUGCAGUUUGGACACACUUUGUGUGUAUCUCAAUAUGUAUACAGUGUGUGUGUGUGUGUGUGUGUAUGACUGUGGUGUAGUGGUGAUUAUUUUUCACAUUUUUUACUAAUAGAUAUUUUUUAUUUUGUUUGGGUUUUGCAUGAUUGAUACAAACGCAGGUGUACGUCAAGUUCUAAGUGUCUGAUGAAGUGAGAUCGCUGUUUUAACCCCUCGACCUUGAGGUCACUUACUUAUUCACUACCAAACAUUAACCAUCACACAGCGACGGUGUGCGCGCGCGCGUGUGUGUACGUGUGUACACGUACAACACAGAAAAUGCAGUAUGUUGCCUUCCAUGACGUUCAAUCCCUCAUUUCACAGUGUUACAAAAAAAAAAGAUAUUAUGCUCAUUAAUAGACAGAAAUAUAAAGAAUAACAUAUGUAUUAAAGAUAUUUAUGAUGUAGGAUCAGGAAAGAAGAGUUAUAGAAUCUUGAACCAAAGAGUAAAUGAUUUACUUGGAGUGAAGGUCUAAUGUAAAUAUCAGCGGAGAAUAUAAUAUAUACAAUAAUCUGUGGCAGUGACCCGUCGUUUUUGCUAUUCCGUCGCGUGGAGAGCGGACUACAUGAUAGGAUAAUGAAAGAGUGUAUAAUGUAUAAUCUAGUCCAUCCCACCCCCCCCCCACAACCCCAUCCCCACGGUGCUGCCAUGGCAACAAAGGGAAACGCUCGGUGGUUCAGUGUGCGCUCACGUUACUGCCAUGUUCGCCAUGAUCACACUCUUCCAGUGAGCAGGUGGAAAGUGCAAUAUCAUUUUUUUUCCUCCAAUAAUUUAUGAAAAACAUUUCUUAUGACUU